GUUGACAUGGCGGAUCUGGGCCGGCAAUUACAGGAGUACGUAGCGCAGAAUAAAGCCGGGAGCGGCGGCAGCUCUGUGGCCUCCUCCCCGGCGGAGGGCCAGGGCUCGGAGCCGGGAUGGCGCGACUGGUUCUCCCCUCCCAGCAGCGGCGGCCUGUCGUGGUCAUGGGGCCCUAUGGAUUCGGACCCUUUCCUGCCGGGGAUGUCCAGGACGCAGAGGCUGAUGGCGGCCGGGGUGUGUGCGGCCAUGGCGGUCCUGUGUUUUGGUCUGGCCGGGCUCUAUGUCCCGCUGCUGUUGCUCCGGGCUCGGAAGUUCGCCAUGCUGUGGUCUAUGGGGUCGGUUCUGGGGCUCUGCUCCGCCGCCCUCCUCCGGGGCCCUAGCCGCCUGCUCCGGGAGCCCGACCCCUGGGCCUUCUUCUAUUUGGCCGCCCUCGGGGGGACGCUGUACGCCGCACUGGGGUUCCGGAGCACCCCGCUCACCCUGCUGGGGGCGGCCGCGCAGAUCAUCACCGGAGCAGCCUACCUGAUGGGGAUGAUACCGGGCGGCGCCGCUGGGAGGCGCUAUAUAAGCGGACUGUGCGGGAGCCUGAUGCGGAGAGGGGUCUCCAAAGCCCUGCCCGUGUGAUGGCGGCUCCCCCCGGUCCACAGCCCGUGUGAUGGCAGAUCCGGAGCCUCUAUGGACUGUGGCCUUAUUGUGACUAUGGCCUCUAUGAAGCUGAAGACUCCAAAACACAACCCCCUGAAGGCUAAGGCAGACUCCACCCAACCCAGUAUUUCCCAA